UACAAUUCAUUUUUCACCCAACAAAAAAAAUAAAAAAUGAGUUGACCCUUUCUAAUUUAUCCAUAUUACAGUUAGUUUUUCUACCCUUUAAUUUUUCCCCUUCUUUAGGAUCUUUAAAAAAUAAGUUUGAGGAGGCUUUUCCCAUUUCAUACGAUCGAUGGAAAAAUAUUGAAGUACAUUGCAAGAAUGAUCAAAGUAUCAGGCACUCACCACUGUCAAAGCAGGACAAUGCAAAUUUACCUGAACUAGCUUUUAACCGUCUUCAGCAAACUGAUGAUGGGUACUGUGGAUUGCAAAAGCGGAACUUCGGUCGUUUCAUUGCUCGUGAGGCUGUGCUGGAUGAAGAAUAUUGGACGGCAGCUUGGCUACGAGCAGAAGCUCAUUGGGAGUCUGUGUCCUAUAUGAGGCAUGUUGACGCAUAUAAAAGAAAGUAUGCCGAACAGGAGUUUUAUGCUUUAAAGAGAAGAUGUUCUGGUCAGGAUGGAAAUUGCUUGAAGUGCUUUUGUUUUGUUGCGGUCAAAAAGGAAGAGAAGAAUGUUAGAAGAACAGUACUGAACAGUGUUGUGGGAACGUUGGACUUGUCCAUCCGACAAUUUGUACAUAGGGAGAGAAACCCAGGGGAAAUCAAAAGGUUAUCAGCUGUCUUGGCACGUCAAGAACCUUUUGAUUCACAUAAAUAUGCAUACAUUGCAAAUGUUUGUGUUGCAAAGUAUGCUCGACGUCUGGGUAUUGCUUCAAAUAUAAUUCAUUUGGCUGCUGAUAAGGCCACUGUAGAAGGUUUCAAGCAACUAUUCGUUCAUGUAAAUGCAGACAACAUACCUGGUCAGGAAUUAUACAAAAAAUCCGGCUUUAAGAUCGUGGAAGCCGAGUCAUCGUCUCUAUCAAAAGAGCAGAGGAUACUGAUGUCCUUGGAGUUAUAAUAUCCAUUGCUACUUCACUUCUUGACUGAAGAAAAUGUGUUGGUUUGUACAUUUACAUGAUUUGAAGCCAAUAAAUUGUUGGUCGAUGUACGUAUCUUUGGGUAGACAGACAACUAGUUAGUUACAGAAUAUAUGUAUAAAGAUGUUAUAUGAUUUGUCUGGUCUAGAGAAGGGGUACGUAUUGGAUACAUGUUUAUUUAAGUAUCCAAUACGAGUAUAUCCGGUUAAAUAAUUAGUGGAUUUUGGAGAAUACAGACUAUGUACUCAUGGUCAAUGUUUGGACAUGAAUAUGUUUUAAGACAAAUGAAGUAUUCAUGUAUUAGGCUGAAAGAUUCAUUGGAUACAUAAAAAUUUGUAAUAUUACUUUAUUACAUUCAGUUAUUUUUGCCA